UAUUAUAUUCUAUCAAUAUAAUAGAAUAAUUUAAUAGUGAUUUCAAUAUCGUAAUAUUAGUAAAAACCUCAAAUUCGACUUGAGAUGCUUCAAAACUGCAAAAGUAUUGCAUGCAAUUAAAUAAAUGUAGUAAUAAAAUGAUUGGUAUUAAAAGUAUCAGCAUCAAGAAUGAUGUUUACGAUGAAUUUCAAAGAGACAAAAAAUGCAUUCUAAUAUCCAUAAUAAACUAAACAUAUUUUGAAAUCCCAAAUAAAUCCUUCAAGAACUUUCAAAGCCGUAUAGAAAUUAAUAGUUCGAAUAAAAUACCAGAUCAAUAAAAAGGUUUCUUAUAUUUUAACGAUAGCAGAAAAAGAAUAUUAUACAACAAUGCUUAAAGAACAUAAUGAGAGUAAAUUAUUUUACAAAGAAAGCGAUCGUAUAUAUUUUAGAAAAUGAUAAAGAAUAAAAUAAAAAUUAAUAAAUUUAACCUUUAAAAUUAACAAAAAAUAAUAAAUAAAUAAAAAUCACACAAAUUAAAUUUUUCGUAAAAAAAUUCUUUGUAUGAAACGCCGUAUCAACCAUCUUUUUAAAUAUCGAUUUAGCGGCCGGAGUAUCAUGAACAGUUAACAUGCUUUGUCGUUAUGGGCUUACUGCGAAAUGCGUAAAAAGAAGUUGUAUGAAAGUGAAUUAACUUUACUUGAACAUUCGAAUGACUUUUCAUCAAAAUUCGCAUUAUUUCGUCAGUUUAUUUGGCAUCAGUGAAUUAGUUUUAUUAUUGUGUAAUUUCCGUUUUGAAUCUGUUAAGUGUUUGUAAAUUUCGAUUAUUAUUAACCCGGCAAAAGCUAAGAACUUCGAUUCUGGAGCAUACGCCAGAGAACACACCUUCAUUCUUUCCUUCCUUGGAAACUAAGUGCAUAGAAACUUCUGUAGAAAUAUCUUCGAUCUUGGAAAGGCCAUUUUGCUAUUCUUGAAUCAUCAGAACCAAACGAAGACAACUUUGGAAUGUGUUCCAAUUCCUAAUUUAUUUAUCCUUUUUCCUUGUGCCACUUCAAAUUUCAAGGACUUAACUUGCAAGCAAAUGGAAAUGAAUAACCUUUUCAUGCCUUCCCUUCAACACUUGACCCUUGCAAAGAUUGCUGUGAUGCUAUGUAAUAACCAUGACAUUAAAGCAAUAUUAGAAAAGAACAGAAGAUGUGAUUCUUACAAAUCGGAUUGUGCACCAUCCGUUGCUUUAGAUGGUAAUUAUUUGUCAAUGUUAGAUAGAUCAAGGUAUCCCAAAUAUACAUUAAAUUAUCCAUCACCUCAUCGUGAUGUUAGUGCAGCUGUAUUGCAGCAAAUCAGAAACAAAGUGUGCAGUAUGAUCUCUCCAUUGAAUUUAGCGCCAUCUUUUGAAAAGAAAAUAUUAAAUUUUAUCUCGCAUAUUAUCCUAGAGAUUGAAAAAUGGGAAGAAGACCAUUCUGAAAUAUUACCUGAAAAUUUUGAUGCACAAGUUUACUUUUGCUGGAAAUCUGUGGGCACUAUACAUAGAGAGAGUACAGCAGAGAAUCUGUUUAAUCACAGAAAAUUAAAUGUCGCAGCCCGUUUCUCCUUGGCUUGUUGGUACUGUAUGCAAAGCCAUUUAUCUUCUCUUUGGGACAAUAUUUAUGAUUCAUACAAAGCCCAUCUGAUUUCAAAGUGCCAUAGUGGAUCUUUGCUUAAUUAUUGGACAACUCAUUUAGAUGGCCUUCAUUUCAAAAGGUCUGUCUUUCCUGAUGCCUUAUAUAUAACUAAUUUAUCAGCUUUGCAUUAUUUUUACAAUAAAUGUGAUAGUAAAGAUAAGAAAAAAGCUUUUUUGAAUGAUGUUCUUUCUAAACAGUGGAAGAAUCUAGAUUUAGUACAGUUUUGUGUCGGAGAAUUAUGCCAAAAUGGUUAUGAACAAUUGUCAAGUUUCCAGUGCCGUAAUAUUCUUAGAUGCUUUUUGAACUGGCCUCUGCAAAGUUUAUUUUUGGAUAUGUCAGAACAUCUACUAAUUAAUGUAGACCAAUUUGGGAUUCAUGAUUUGCUAAAUGACAUUCUCAAAUUUAUAAUUAAACAUCACUUUGAAGAUAUUGAUUAUCUGAACCUUUUAAAAGAAUUCUGGAAUCGAGUUCCUUCUUAUCACAAGGACUCUUUAAUGAAUUCUCCUGAAUUUCAACCCAUAAAGAUUGCACUGCAACAAACAUCUGCAAAAUCAUUAACUCCAGAAUGGUUUAAACAACACUGAAAAAAAUAGAUUGGAAAUUUUUUGAUUUAGUUUAACUGCAAAUCAACGAUUGUAGUGUUUAGCAAAGUCUGUAAGAUUCCUGAAAAUAACCAAAUGAGAUUAAUUCCUUAUAAAUAGUUUGCUGCAUAGAGUUCUCAGAAUCAUAAUUAUGCGUCAGUAUGAAUGUUUUGAUUAUUUGUUUAUUUUGAAAUGGCUGUGGGUGCAAAUUCUUUCUUGUAUUAUUAUAGAAACACGUGAAUGAACAUUCUUGUUUUGUUAUAUAUUAAUGUUUUGAAAGAACUCUUUGUAAAAUCAUUAUUUCAGAAUCAUUUUAUUGAUAAAGAAAGAAGUGAUGAGAUAUUCUACAAUUGCUGCCUACAUUUUCCAAGAAAGAUAGUAAAAUCUGUUGUGAUAUUUCUACUGACUAAUUUAAAAGAAAUUAAAUUAACUGAUCUCUCUGGACAUUUAUUUUGAUUUUGAUUGUGCAUUAUUCAUUCUAAUAUGUUUUUGUCUUGAAUCAGCUAUUUUUUUAUUCUUAGCUUUGUUGCCACCAUUUUCAAAAAGUUUUAGGAAUUAAAUACUAAAAUACUUUUGAUUAUCAAUUAAUUGAUAAUUUCACUAUACAUUUUGAUUUAAUUUGAUUUGAAAACUUACAACUUAGUCACUUAGAAUUUUAAUGUUAAAUUCCAAUUCCAAAAUAUUGAAAUAGGGACUCAUAAAUAAUGUUAUGUUUAGUGCAAACCUUUGAGUGUGUUCUUAUUUUUGAUUGGAGUUACUCGGUUAUAUAUUUGUUUGCAUUUCUUGAUGUCUCUUUUAAUAAUAAAGGAAACAUCAAUGAAUGCAUGAAAAAAAUUAAUGUGUAGUGAAAGUUAUCUAAGUUAUUUGAAUUUUUCAUUACUAUGUUUGAACAAAUUAUUGAAAGGUAAGUAUUACUUAAAUAUAUUUUAUUUAUGUUAAUAUGUUUAAAAUGUCAUUUUUGGAAAAAAUGAAUGCGAAAUUUAUGUAACUAAGUUCAAUAGAAUUUAUAUUUCUUUAAAAUUAUCUUGUGUAAUUACCAUUUAUGCUGUAGUUUUUAUAAAUGUUUCUUUCUACAUUUGUGUAACUUUUAUAUCACUGAUAUGCAGUAUAUACUCUGGCGAUGAGCUGAUUUGCAAGAACAUUGGUUCAAUUUUCUUUCAGUUAAUGUUCAUAACCCUCAAGAAAAUAUUUUUUGAACAUCAAAUUGUGACGUGGCUUUAAAGACAUUAUUUUAAUAGUUUUAUAUUUGUGCUACUUUGUGUGUGUAUGAAUAUCAUGGCAAGUGUCCCAAUAUAAUGGCAAGCACUCUUAAAAUAACGUUAGUCAGUAGACGAACUAUUCCAUUUGUAUUCUAGCUUUAGAAGUACUGCAAUUGUAAUUUCACUUUCUUAUUUAAACUACUCAUGUGUUAAACAGAAUCCUCCUUCCAUUGCUCAAAAGAGAAAGGAACGAUUUUGUGAUUUAAAUGUUGAGUGGAAUAAGUUUGCUUUUUUGUGCAAUAAGGAAAUAUAUAGUUGACAUUUACUAAAAAAAAUAUUUUAGACGAAAAAACAAAAAUUUGUAAGACAUUAAAUUGGUAUUAUCAUUUUUAUUAUUGGCCACAUUGGUACGAAUAAAUCAAAACUUUCCUUCCAUUUUAUCGUCAGCAUCUACUGGAUGCAAAUUUUUCGAAUCUAUUUGAUUCAAUACAGUCGCCCAAGAGGCUGAUAUCUAGUAUGAUACGUUAAUAAAGUUACUCCAAUUGGCAUAUCAUUGAAGAAUAUGCCGUUUUUGUUUUUGUUUUUUUGUUUAUAUAUAAGAUGAUUAUUGUAAUUGAAUGUUAUUUUUUUGUGUACAAGCUGAUGUGCAUCUUUGUUAAGUAUGUUUUUCCUUUCCUAUGUUCUGG